CUUUUCUCUGUCAGUAUGAAGCGAGUCGUCGACUUUCAAGAGAAAGAACCAGCUACCGAGUUUGAGUUCAAGGAUACACAACACAAAAAGCAAAAAUCUAAUAAAUUUAAUGCGACAACAAAGCGUCUGAACCAUGCUGAAUUUAAGCAGAAAAAAAAAGACAUGUUGGCAUUUCGAAAGCAACUGCCUAUUUAUUCAGGCAGAGAAGCGAUUAUCGAAACACUGAAAGCCAACGAUACAGUGAUUGUCAUGGGUGAAACAGGGUCUGGCAAGACGACUCAAAUCCCUCAGUUUCUUAUUGAAGCAGGCAUUGCAUCCAAAGAUUUGGGUGGUGUGGCAGUCACUCAACCGAGACGAGUAGCUGCUGUCAAUUUAGCCAAACGUGUAGCUGAAGAAACCAUGAGUCAAUUAGGUGGUAAAGUAGGUUACACCGUCCGUUUUGACGAUACAUCCAGCCCCCACACCAUCAUUAAGUACUUGACCGAUGGUAUGCUGCUACGUGAAAUUCUAGCUGACGAACUCUUGUUGAGAUACAAAGUGGUGGUGUUGGAUGAAGCGCACGAACGCACACUCAGAACAGACAUGUUGUUUGGUAUGAUCAAGACCAUUCAGCGUAAACGAGCCGAAAAGGAAGGCGUACAUCCACUCAAGAUUGUGAUCAUGAGUGCUACGUUGGAUGCAGAAAAGUUUAGCGAAUUUUUCAACCAGGCCAAGAUUUUGUAUGUCUCAGGUCGAUUGUAUCCUGUAGACACGAUGUUUACAAUCGAACCUCAGGCAGAUUAUUUGGAUGCUGCCUUGGUCUCUAUCUUUCAGAUUCAUGUCAAUAAUCCCAAGGGGGAUAUCUUGGUGUUCUUGCCUGGUCAAGAAGCCAUUGAGAGCUUGACUUCGCUUGUGAAUGAAUAUGCAGCACAGUUACGCCCUCAUCAACAAAAGUUACUAGCCUGUCCCUUAUUUGCUGCCUUACCCCCUUCACAGCAACAAAAAGUGUUUGAUCCAGCACCCACCAACACACGCAAAGUGAUCUUAUCGACUAAUAUUGCAGAAACCAGUAUUACCAUUCCGGGCAUCAAGUAUGUGAUUGAUACAGGCUUGGCCAAGUUACGUGGGUUUAAUCCCAAGAUUGGUGUCGAGUCACUCUUGCUACACCCCAUCUCCAAGAGUUCAGCAUGGCAAAGAACAGGGCGUGCAGGAAGAGAAGCAGCAGGCGUGUGUUAUCGAUUGUAUACCGAAUCUGCAUUUAGAGAAUUAGAAGAUGAUACGGUACCUGAAAUUAGACGGUGUAAUUUAGCAGCUGCUGUGCUUGCUUUAAAGGCCACAGGGAUCGAUAAUGUACUUGAAUUUGAUUAUAUGGAUAGACCUUCAAGGGCAUCCCUUGUCCGUGCCUUGGAAGAGCUGUAUGCUUUAGGAGCCAUGGAUGAUAAAGGACACUUGUCUGAGAUGGGAAAGCAAAUGGCAGAGUUUCCUUUAGACCCUACAUUUUCCAAAGUCUUGAUUCAGUCUAGAGAAUAUGAAUGUACCCUGGAAGCCAUUGCAAUCAUUUCACUUUUGUCUGUAGAUACUAUUUUCUUUACACCCUCAGAUAAACGAGACCAAGCUGCUGAAGCAAGAAAGAAGUUUUUGCAUCCUGAUGGCGAUCAUUUAACACUCUUGAAUGUCCUUAAAUCGUACUGGGAAGUCAAGGGAGAUAUUGAAUGGUGUAAAGAAAACUUUAUUAAUAAUAGAAAUGUCAAAAUUGCCAUGCAAGUACGGGAUCAAUUGAUUCGAUUCUGUGAACGGAUAGGCAUGGAUACCAAUGCCAGUUGUGGUUCUGAUACUGACAGAGUACUCAAGUGCUUUUUGACUGGUUUCUUUCAAAAUACAGCAUUGUUACAGCCUGAUGGUUCUUACAAGAGUGUGGCAGGUAGUCAAUUAGUCAAGAUUCAUCCUGGAUCAGCCAUGUUUGGUAAACGAGUUGAAGGCAUUCUAUACAAUGAACUUGUGUUUACUACAAAGCAUUAUGUGCGUGGUGUGUCUGCUAUUCAGUCUGCUUGGCUACCAUUAGCAGCACCUAAAUACUUUAAUAAUGUUACAUUGUAAUAAAAACAUACCAAUUUUUUUUAUAGAAAA